AAUAAACGAAAUCAGACACACGAAGAAAUCCCAAACUUCCUCUUUGACGUAGUUACACACGUGUCGUGAGCUCAUAUUUAGCCUGAAAACCGUAGCAGAUCUCUAGAAAUCAUCGACUGCGUUAUCAAAAUGCCUAAAGUUAAAGCGGAAAAGAAAACGCGACAACACCAAGACGUGAAAAGUCAAGGAAUCAUGUUCAACACCGGUAUUGGGCAGCAUAUUCUGAAAAAUCCCCUGGUGGUUAAUGGCAUUAUUGAGAAGGCAGCCUUGAGACCUACAGAUGUGGUCCUGGAGGUCGGACCUGGAACUGGAAACAUGACCGUAAAACUUCUGGAAAAGGCCAAAAAAGUAGUCGCAUGUGAGUUGGACACAAGGCUUGUAGCUGAACUUCAGAAACGAGUGCAGUGCACGCCGAUGCAGACAAAGUUACAGAUUUUGGUUGGUGACGUUUUGAAGACUGAAUUGCCAUUUUUUGACGUGUGUGUAGCAAAUUUACCCUAUCAGAUAUCAUCACCGUUUGUCUUCAAGCUACUUCUUCACAGACCUUUCUUCAGAUGUGCAGUGCUGAUGUUCCAGAGAGAGUUUGCUAUGCGGUUGGUGGCGAAGCCUGGAGAUAAACUUUACUGCAGACUAUCAAUCAACACACAACUACUGGCCAGAGUGGACCACCUCAUGAAGGUUGGAAAAAACAAUUUCAGACCUCCUCCUAAAGUGGAAUCCAGUGUGGUCAGGAUAGAACCGAAAAAUCCACCACCACCCAUCAAUUUUCAGGAAUGGGAUGGUCUUGUCAGAAUUGCGUUUGUAAGAAAGAACAAAACUCUGAGCGCAGCCUUCAAGUCUACUGCUGUUGAGCAGCUUUUGGAGAAGAACUAUAGAAUUCACUGCUCCAUGCACAAUGUAGAAGUACCAGAGGACUUCAGCAUUAUCCAGAAAAUUGAGAGCGUUCUACAGGAAGCUGGGUUUAGUGAAAAACGGGCAAGAUCGAUGGACAUAGAUGACUUCAUGGUAUUACUUCAUGCGUUCAACUCCGCUGGGAUCCACUUUUCAUGAAGCUCAAAUACAGGAUGUCUGGACUGUAUAUUCAUAUUGAUAUCGCAUUUUAAUUAUAGUGUGCCUUUUAUUUAGAUGUUAAUCUCAAGGUGCUAUAUUAUUAUGCAAAAAUGUUCAAUAACACCAUAUUUUUCACUUAAGCCUAUUUGAGAAACGUGUGAUAAAAAUAAAAUCCAGUUGUAAAGAGGUUAUUACACCUCUGUUACCUCCGUAAAAGAGGAAAGCUGGCAUGUGAAACCUUCACACUUCUUAAAUAAGGGCAAGCGUUUUCUUUUAGCACGCUGCAAUAGGAUUGUUGGUACCUUUCAUAGGGUAGAAACAAACCCUAUGUGUCUGUAAGAGUGAUAUAUGCUUUAUAGGAAUGUCCCAGGGAAACCAUGUGUUGUACAUAAAUAUUUUAAUGACUUAGCAUGUGGUCAGUACCAUCAAAUUCAACACCUGUACUAAAUAUGUACUGGUACAUAUGAUGUGUGAUGUGUACCAUAGUUAUAGUUUAAAAUACUGGAUAAUGUUGCCGUUUUCUUUGCUUAGAUACAAUAAAUCAAUGAAAAACUUGU